CCCACAAGGCUGGAGUCCUCCAUGCCUACGCCUGCCUGUGUGAGCAGAUGCCGGGUUCAUUUUAACUAAGAGUAUUUCUCUGUCUACUUGACUUCUCCAUGCCAUGUGGCUCUACCUGGUGGCAGUUGUGGGCUUGUGGAUGCUCCUGCGCUUAUUCAGGGAGAGGCAGGUGGUGGGCCAUCUCCAUGACAAGUAUGUCUUCAUCACUGGCUGUGACUCCGGCUUUGGGAACCUGCUGGCCAGACAGCUGGACAGGAGAGGCAUGAGGGUGCUGGCUGCAUGUCUGAUGGAGGAGGGAGCCGAGCAGCUGAGGAGCAAGACAUCUGAGAGGCUGGAGACAGUGAUCCUUGAUGUCACCAAGUCAGAGAGUAUUGUGACAGCCACUCAGUGGGUGAAGGAGCGUGUUGGGAACAGAGGACUCUGGGGCCUGGUCAACAACGCUGGCAUCUCCAUCCCCUUUGGUCCCAAUGAGUGGAUGAACAAACAGAACUUUGCAACUGUACUGGAUGUGAACCUGUUGGGCAUGAUUGAGGUGACACUGAACAUGCUGCCCUUAGUGAGGAAGGCAAGGGGCCGAGUGGUCAAUGUCGCCAGCAUCUUUGGCCGAGUGUCUUUCUUUGGUGGCGGUUACUGCAUCUCCAAGUAUGGUGUAGAGGCCUUCUCAGACUCCCUCAGGAGGGAGCUCUCCUAUUUUGGGGUGAAGGUGGCUAUUAUAGAGCCAGGCUUCUUCCUAACUGAUGUGACCAAUAGUGCCAGAUUAAGCUCAAAUAUCCAGAUGCUGUGGGACCAGACCAGCUCAGAAAUCAGGGAGACCUACGGCGAGAAAUAUCUGGCAUCCUAUCUGAAAAAGCUAAACGGAUUGGACCAGAUGUGCAACAAGGACCUGUCUUUGGUGACUGACUGCAUGGAGCACGCUCUGACUGCCUGUCACCCUCGCACCCGAUACUCAGCUGGUUGGGAUGCCAAGCUUUUCUACCUCCCCUUGAGCUACCUGCCCACCUCCCUUGUGGAUGCCUUUGUCUACUGGACUUCUCCAAAGUCUGAGAAAGCUCUCUAAAAUCUUUACUUAUGUGCAUAGUCAGGGAGAUGUAGGUAGAGUGUAAGGGAGGGAAUUUUCAGGAGAAUUAAGAGGGUCAAGAAAGGAAAGUCAUUAUGCUGGGCUCUAGGACACAUCCUUCAUCCUCCUAAUUUUCCUGUAAUACUACUUAGGACUGAUGAUGAUCAAAGAAAUAGCCAAAGAAUUCUGCCAAAGGAUUCGGAUAGAAAAGAGCUGGCUGUUGCCCAGGCUCUCAGCAUCAUGGCCUACCAUGUGGAUCCACAGGAAUGAGGAAAUUGGGACCAGCUUGUGCCAAUCACUGCCCUAUGUCCUCCUCUGAAGAAAUGCACAUGCCCUUCCUAGUUUCCACCGUUAUGUAGCAUGGAGGUGCCCCUGCUCUGAAGUCACCUGUGACCAUGGUCUGAGGUCUGAGAAGACUCACUAAUAAUGCCAUCGCUCAUGCCCUAGAGUCAGGUUGUCAGGCCCUGGGUUGGUGGUUCAGUCCCUGUUGGUGAGAAUCCAACAUGGGAUAGAAACACAAAUUUUUUAUUUAUUUUAAAAUCAUUACAUUUUUGAGGGAGUCUUCUUAUUUUUUGAGUAACUAUGAGGUGAUCUCCUGUGUUCUGCCAUUUAAAGUAAGGCUUUACCAUUUAGUGGGGUUUGGAUCACAGAGUUAAGGGGAAUGUCCUCAGAAGUGUUGACACAGGCCAAUAGGCAUUUCUUGACUGUCUCAUCCCUUCCAGCCACUGAGGUGGGAACAACUGCUCUCCACUCAAAACAUUACAACAGCACAUAAGGCUGUGCAUGCAAGUCCAUGAAUAGAAUUUACCUGUAGGCCUCAGCCUCACCACUCCUGCAGACUCACUAAAUGACCAUCGAUCCCUGCAGACUCACUAAGUGACCACGUAGACAGUAUCCUUCUCAACACUGGUCUUUCAUUUUUGGGACAAUAUAUUUGCAAAUGAGCAAGGGUCUUGAACUUGCCUUGGCCUCUGAGACCUGGGUCUUCCUACUACCAGGUUGGUGAAUCUCAAGAGUAGGCUGAGCAGGGAAAGCAUCUGUGCAAGAGACAGAGAAUCCUGGGCUCAAUAAAGACUUGCCCUUGGAAGGACUUCUAUAGAUGUCUGAUUCCUUUUUCCUCAGUAGAAAUGUGGGGGCGAAUGGGCCACAGAAGAAACUUGAAAAUAAACAGUAAUUUCUGAUUUAAUGAAAAUACAAAUUCCUCUACCAUA